AUGUCAUUUCAAGAAAGAUGUAUGGAACUCAAGCAGAUUCUCAACUUUGAUGUUGACAUUUUCACAGCCAUUAUUAUUGGCCUUGCUGCGCAACGACCCGUCAGAAUCCACACUCACCAUCCUGAUGUUGUGGAGAAGUGCGCUCUUGUGGUGGCAGCCAACAUUCUAGGCUACGACCAGAGACUACUUUACCGUUGCGACGCAGACGCUGAUGUCGACCACUUUUUAAAUGGAGUCAGUGACUGGAGAGAGUCUGCUCAAACCGACAAACAACUUAUGCCAUUUCUCAUCCUGAGAAACGUUGCAUCGUUAUCGAACGAGUGUCAGGCUCUACUGCUGGAGAUUCUGCAAACAGGAAAGACAACUUACAGAGGUGUCACAUAUUCGAAACCACCGGGUUUUUUGUUACUUUCAGUGUCUAAAAGUGAUGUCUACAUGUUCGAAUACCUGAGGGAUGAGUUCUUCGUCUACCAUGAGUGUCACGUCGACGGUGAGGUGAAUAUCGCACAACUAAUUGAGAGCAUAUCGGAGGAAAAGACUGCUUCACCGCCAUUGAUGACUGCUGCCGAUAUCAAGAAGCUACACGACAAGGCGGCCCAGGUGUCGAUAGUGGCCGAGCUGCAACGAUACAUGCAAGACAUUAUCGUCCAUAUUCGGUGCCACCGGGUGGUUGCUAGGGCUAUAAAACCCAAGGCAGCAAGAGACUUCACUCUUUUCGUGCGCCACAUGUGCGUGCUCAAUGAUUCAGACUUCGCAACCCCAUCGGUGAUUGCAGUCGCCGCUCGAAAGUUACUACCAAGCUCUGUGCACAUUGCUUCGCCGGAAUUCGAACCUUCUCUAGCCUACGGAAGUGAUUAUAAGCUCAUUGAGGAAUACAUCACAUCGUGGGAUGGAGCACUCGUUGUGGAAGAUGUCUUGAAUCGGGUCAAGGCACCCGUUUAA